UUCCUCCACUUUGGGCAUUUCAAGCAAUGCUCUCUUGGCAAGCGGCCGUGUGAGUCAGCACCCGGACUCAGCUGCAGAACCCCGUUUUGUCGGCAUCGGAUUUCCAGAAACUCAAAACUUUUAACAGUUUUCCAGGUCUUUUUUCCCGUCAUUUUAUUUAGGUUUUCUGUGCGAAGAAGACUUUUCAUUAUUUUUUUUGUUUGUUUUUUUUUUACAAUUAGCUCUCCAUAUUGAGAGCAUCACAUAUUUUUUUGGAUUUUGCCCAGUGACUGUUCAAACAAUGAAGUGUUUUGCUACUCUAAGUUUUUGGAGAGGCAUUGCUGUGGCUUUGGCCAUGACCAUGUUCCCUGUGAGCAGUGCCUCAGAAUACGAGUAUGCUGACCCAAGCUGGAAGUCGGACCUGUACACCAGCGGGCGCAUCUACGACAAGCCACCUCAGUGUGUGGACAUCCCUGAGGACCUGAGACUCUGCCACAACGUUGGCUACGACCAGAUGCUGCUGCCUAACCUGCUGGAGCAUGAGACCAUGGCCGAGGUGAAGCAACAGGCUGGGAGCUGGGUGCCUCUGGUGCACAAGAACUGCCACCCCAGCACUCAGGUCUUCCUGUGCUCCCUGUUUGCCCCCGUGUGCAUGGAGACACCCAUCUACCCUUGUCGCUGGCUGUGCGAGAAUGUCCGAGACGCCUGCACCCCGAUCAUGGAGGCGUUUGGCUUCCCCUGGCCCGAGAUGCUCACCUGCGACAAGUUCCCCCUGGGCGACGUGUGCAUCAGCACCCCGAAUGCCACAGAAGCCUCAAAGCCUUCAGGUUUCUCUCCUGUCUGUCCCCCCUGUGAUGACGAGAUGAAGGCAGAUGCUAUUUUGGACCACAUGUGUGCCAGUGAAUUCGCCAUCAAGACCAAAAUCAAGGAGGUCAAAAGGGAACAGAAUGACCGCAAGGUGAUCCUGCAGAAGAAGAAGAAGAUACUUAAGCAAAGCACCCUAAAGAAGAAGGACUUAAAGAAGCUGGUGCUGUACCUGAAGAAUGGGGCGGACUGCCCAUGUCAGCAACUGGACAACCUGGGAAGCACUUACCUGAUCAUGGGCCGCAAGGUGGACAAGCAGUAUCUCCUGACGGGCAUUCACAAAUGGGACAAGUCCAGCAAGGAGUUCAAAAAGACCAUGAAGAAACUCAAGACCCACAAAUGCCCAGCUUUUGAGAAUGUUUUCAAAUAAUCCGUUUUGUUUAUUUGUUUUGUUUGUUUCUUUUUGCAUCUCAUUAUACACAUGAACUUGCACAACCAAGCAACCCAGAAUAUUGCCUAUAUUUUCAUUGUUUAUAUAAAUAUAUAUAUUUCUAUGUGUAUUUACAGAUUUACCAUUGUAGUGAGUCCCUCAUUUUGUGUGCAGUGGGGCUCUGAUGGUGUAGAACUGGUGACGUUGAAAGAAAAUAAAAUGCAGUAGGUUCCUAAAGUAUCAAACAUAAUGGAUCACUUAUGUACAUAACCACAUACAUGUCCAGAGAAUGUUAAAAAAUGAUAAACAUCAUCACAGAAUCUUGAAAUCUCUUGUACAAUUCUUACCUGAGUCAAGAGCUGGUCAUCCUGAUCACCAGAAGCGAAGUGGAAUGGUUAAGGCCAGACAUACAGACAAUACUUCCAUCGUUCCAUAACAUAUCACCAUGACAUAUCUCUGUAACCGCGUGUCUUAACAGGAUACGAUGUGAGCCAACAUUAACGAUAAAAUCGGCUUAAUUACAUUGUUUUCAAUUGGAAUGUCUCGACAAAACGCAAUGCGAAGCAGUGCUGUGUAGCACAAUGCAGCGCAACAUUUUGAGAAUUUAUUCUGGAUGCCCCAUUUCUAUGUUCUUUCUGUCACUAUUUUUGAGUGAGAAAUAUGACUCAAUAGAAGGGCAUAUUUAACAGAUUCAGUGUAGACAGAAAGCAUUGAUUGCUACAAUACAGUAGCUGGCUCGGAUCCUGUUGGGACACGCUGUUACUAAAGACUCUGAUAUGUAAAACUCAGACAUACAAGUUGAGGUCAUAAGAAUGUUCAGAAUCACUAUGUACUGUGAAGUAGUCUCAAGGAUGUCCAUCUUUUAAGUGAUGUUGCUGUGUGUUUAACUCAUAUUUUGUGACAAAUCAAAUGAGGCCAAAUGUAUGUGCUAUAUUUCUUAGUUUCAUUUUUUGUGAUUUAGCCCAUCAGAUAAAAUAGCUCUAGGAAGCAGUGAAAUAAUGAAUACUGGUUAACUACAUAAUACAUUUUUGAUACAGGACAGAAAUGGUAUGCAGAUAUGUUUUAAACUUCACUGUUAGUUUAAGCCCAUACAUGGUUUGUUUGAUACCUGUUUUGAAAAAUUACUGUACCCCAAACUUAAAUACAGGAAAGUAAAGAUAUGCCUAAUGUCUAAUUCCUUGGACUCACGGAGUGUACAUGACUCAAGACAACAGAAAUGUACCAAUGUGAAUGUACCAAUGUGCAUACACUGCACUCAAACAUGUCUGUACAGUCUAAAUAGUAAAUGUCUGUUCAAGAUUAAACCAUCUCUCUGUAGCUUGAAAUGUGUGUGUAAUCACUUAUAGACGAAAUGGUUACUGGCAUGAUUGUACAAAAGGGUAACACUUCUGUUAUAAUAGAAAUCUGUGUCAAAUUGGACUCUUAUUUGUUAGGUGAAAUAGUGCCAGAAUAUGUUCUAUGCCAUUCACAAUGUGCCCCCAUACAGUGAAAUGUAAAUGUAUAAGACAAGAGAAUCAACAGUGUUUAAUUAUAUGCUUGAUUUGUAUGUAUGUCACCAAGUGUUCUGUCUCUGCUAUUUUCUUAUCUAUAAAUUGACAGUUUUAAUAGUGAACCUCAAUAGUAUACAAUCCUGUACAAUCAGCUUGUGUUUUGUCAAACUGUUUCUAAACAUAACAACCACAAAAAUUAGGUAAUGAUGACAAAUGUAUAAUUACAGUAUAACUCCUGGUCACAGAUAGGGUUUAAAUUCUAAAAAGGCAAAGGACCUUACAUGGAGCCUUGGUGUACUAAUCACAAGAAAGAAACUGACUUGUUGACUACAUCCAUUAUUGUGACUUUUUUUUUUUUUUUUUAAUUCUGCACUGCUGCAGUAAAACUUUAUAAAAACAUAUCUGCUGUAAAUACACAUAAGUGAAUAAAAAAGAGGUAAUAAUGACAUUUGGCU